AUGAACCAAGGGUACUUACUAGAUGAAGGCACCCCAAACGGCUUCGACGAGAUGGAUGCUGGAGCCAGCCCACUCUGGCGGCUACCGAGUGAAGAGUGCGAUGUGAGCCUGAAGGAAAGCUGCUGCGCCUGUUUCGCGCGGUUCAUUUCAGUGCUCUCUGCUUUGGCCGUGGUUCUCUUCGCCGUGCUGGGUGUGGCCACAAUCGUCAUUGAUGGUGCCAUCCGCGUGCAAGAGGACAUCCAGCUGUACGAGAUUGGCGCACGUCAGGUGGAGGCGCGGGUCAAGCUCCUCAUGAAGAGCUUGUCUUUGGCUGUGCCCGAGGCAUUUCUCACCACCCUCUCUGAGAAGCUGAUGGAGAGCCUGAAGAUGGCGCUCUCCUCUGCCGUGGGCGGGUUCUUGGGCUACGCGGGCAAGGUCGUCUUCGAGCUGCUGAUGCUUGGCCUCUAUGUCUUGUUCUGGCUUUGCGCGCCGAUGCCCCUAAACAGGAAGACCGAGACCAUCUUCCGACGCUACCUGUUCCUCAAGGGCACCGCUUGCAUCCCGGCAUUUCAUGGCAUUUUUGGUGCAGCAUGA